AUGCGUAUGGCAAGGAGAGCCUGGGAUGAAGUCCCCCCAGAAACAAUAAAAAAUUGCUUUAGAAAAGCUGGUUUUGUCCAUAGAAAUGAAGAUGACACUGCUGAGAAUUUAGAAGAAAUUCCAACGGAAACCAACAAGGAAUUUGAAUGCCCUCAAGAAUGGUCCACAAUUUUAACAGCAACUGGGGCUAAUCAGGAAGUUUCUUUCCAAGAAUUUCUGGAUAUUGACUCUAAUGUGAAUAUCUGUGGAGAACUAACAGAUGCUGACAUUCUUGCUCAAGUGGGACAUGAGGAACAAGCAGAAAAUGAGAGUGGGGAUGAGGAUGAAAACAAUAUCCACAUUUUACCAGUUCCUAGUAGAAAAGAGGCAAGAAAGGCAGUUGACAUCCUGCAGAGAUUCUUGGAGUCAAAGCCAAAUCUGGAAGGAAAGGUAUUCAGGGCCAUUGGAGAGAUACAGAAGAUAGUUGAGAAUGACACAUCUGCACAUCAUCAAACAAAGUUGACAGACUUUUUUACCCAAGGGAUUUCAGAACAAACAGCUGAGGAAAAGCAGCAGCUGGAGGAAGUGGACAUGCAGAGAGAGAGAAAANUGGGGGACGACCUUCCGUUUCCGCCCCCACCCCCGCCACCGUUGCCCUGCCGGAGGGACUCGGGGAGUUCCGACCUGGCCUUGAUGACGCCCGAGGCAUACAAGGCCACUGAAGCCGUGGAGUUCAUUGCUGAACAUCUCCGCAACGAAGACGAGUACAUUCAG